GCAGAAACAAAGCAGUAAGCUCCAUCAGCCCAGUCCACCGAAAAAAAGAGCAUUAAUAGUUUCUAUGCUAUUUUUGAACGAGAUUGUUGUUGAGAGCUCAGUCCAGUGGUACAACAUGUACAAGAGGUUGAAGGCUGCAGAACACCCCUCUCCGUACUAACAGUUCGAGUAUCCUCUGAUCUUCUUUGAUCCUGCACCCCCUUGCAUCAUCAUCGCCCCUCUCUUUAUUCCAUUCCCCAUUCACUUCUUUGUUUUCCACAUCUCUCCCUUCUUCCCCCUCUCUCUUUAUCGACUGAACCAGAACAAAAGGACUUAGCACCUCCAGUCUUUUCCUGCUCACGCCCUCAAGAAGCCCUGCAUACUGUGAAUAGAUCACACCAAGACCCUGAGCUUACUAAGCCUUGUCGAGCCAAGUCGAGUCGACCAAAUAUCAUGGUGAGCCAUGCCGCGGCCCAUGAGGACGACGAGCCACUGUUGCCGCUGGUGGAUCGCGACGAUGAUCUCCCCACCGGUUCCUCUAAACAGAAGCAACACCAACGACACAAGCAGCAACAGGACGAGAUCGUAAAGUCAUCAAAACUAUCGGGAUCAACAGUGCACGACUCGAUAUCGACAUCACUAUCAGGACCAGAGGACCCAGAGCACCGUCAUCAUCAUCAUCCUCAUAAGGACUCGGCAAAGCGGCUAUCAAUAUCCAGCGAGUGCGGACACGAUCACAGUCAUGACCAACCCCCUUCUUUCUCGGAUGAUGGAGAGGAUGAGCCUAUGUUGCUGGAGACACAGAAGGAGUCGGAAAGGGACAAAAAGCGACUCAAGAUUGCAAUCGGACUCUGUGGAACGUUUUUCGUUAUCGAGCUUUUAGGCGGGCUGUGGUCAGAUUCAUUAGCAUUGCUGAGCGAUUCCUUUCACCUACUUACAGACAUUACAUCCUUUAUCAUCUCGCUGGCAGCAAUCUAUCUGUCCCAGCGCUCCUCAACCGCGACACAUACAUUUGGAUACCACCGCGCCGAGGUGCUUGGAGCACUUUUUUCCAUCUUUUUGAUCUGGGGCCUAACUCUGAUGCUCGUAGUGGAGGCGUACGAUCGAGUGAGGUAUCCGGUUGAUAUCGAUGGCAAAACUAUGUCGGUCGUUGCAGCCCUGGGAGUCUUUGUCAAUAUCCUUCUAAUGUUUGUCCUUGGCGGUCACCACCAUCACCACGGGGAUGAUCAUGAACAUGGACAUGGACAUGGACAUGGACAUAGCCAUGCGACACACCAGGAUCAUGUACCGCUGCAGAGCGAGGAUGACCACGAUCUCGCUCUGGAUGGUACGACACAUAAGACGGUUCCUUCCCAGGAACACGACCACAGCCACGAUCACCAGCAUGGUCACUCUGGACACGACCACCAUCAUCAUCACCACGUCAGUCUCAAUAUCACAGCUGCGACACUCCACGUCCUUGGCGACCUGCUGUCGUCCAUUGGCGUACUGAUAUCCUCGCUGGUGAUUACGUUCUUUCCAUCAUUGACCUACUUGGAUCCAGUCUGCACGUUCGUAUUCUCGAUCCUGGUCAUUGCCACCACAAUCGGUGUAUUCAGGCGUUCCAUCUCAAUAUUGAUGGAGAGCGUUCCGCGGGGCAUCGAUUCUGAGGAGGUUCGGGAGGCGAUUUGCGAUAUUCCAGGAAUUCUUGAGGUCAAGUCGUUGCGUAUCUGGUCUCUGACGAUCGGACGAGUUGCUCUAGCCGCCACAGUAUACUUGCAGCCGGAGGUUCGAGAUUUAAGGAGGGCGGCAUCGAUCGUUGCGAGUGCGCGGCGGAUGAUCAGGACACGAUAUGGGAUCAAGGAGUGCACGGUCCAGGUCGAGGUGUACACCAUGCACGCUGCUCAAUCUCAGUCAUCCCAUAUGCGUAUAGUGGACCCUGCUCGAGCAAAAACCGCUGCUCCCGAUAACAGCAGUCAUUCACAUCUACCAAUGGAUACCCUUGCCAGGCACGAUCAGGACAUUAUAUUCUCAAUUGGGGACGAGGAUCUGGACGAGACGAUCGCUCACAAGCAAGGCAGCCAUACACACUCCCAUCUACUCUCCUAUCAGAUUACUCGGGCUGGCACACCACUUGACCAGUACCGCGGCAAUCGCCAUGCGAGCGAUGAUGACGAAAGCGAGACCGAGAUGGAACAGGAAACUUCGCCGCCUACGGAACACAAUCAGUGGGCAUAGUUCUUUUUUUUUUUCUUUAUGCUCAUCAUUUCAUACAUAAUAAACUUCAUGUUUUAAAG